AUGGCAUCCAAGAACUCCAUAAAUAAGCCAAAGAUUAAGAUCAACGCCCACAGUCAUGCCAAGACUUUAGGAAGGAAAAGAGCUGCUCGUGCCAGAAAGAACCCUUCCACAAAAUCAUCUACUUCUAGAUAUGCUGAAGUUUCAGGCACUGCUACCAAGCCCAGCGACUCUACUGCUAUAGCUUUAUACACUGGUGAAGCUCCAAAGCCUACUGGUGUUGUGACAAACACUACUUUGUCCAACAAGAGAGCCAAGAAGCUUGCCAGAAACCAAAAGUACAUUGACCAAAGAAAAAAUGAAGGUUUGGGAAAGGAACAUGAAAUGGAUGUUGAGGUUGAAACUGAAGAACAGAGACAAUCCAGAUUAGAACAGAUCAAGAAGGCUUUGUGGUCUGUAGUUCAGAACCAGUCUGAGGGACUUUACAAGGUUGCUGUGGAUGCUGAGGGAACCACAUUAGGUGUCCAAGCAUUUUAGGAGAUUUCUUGCAUUUCAUUUCUUUCAUAUCAUCUUAUCACUUGUACACUAGCAUAAGGAAAUUUUAUACUUGAAUGAAUAUUGUAUUUCAA